AACUGGGCCAGGCCCGACGCAUGCAAAAAGAGGCUCCCAGCCAGGCUCACGGGAAACGCAGGUUUCGGGCGUUUCCGCGAGCCCGCACCCGCGCCUGCACCCACACGAGCAAGGAUAGGGUUUCUCUCCGCUCUCGUCGCUCUCACCCGACUCAUUCACGCCGUCCUCGCUCCCCUCCCUCUCCUGCGACAGCGUGGAUCUCGCAGCCCCGUCGCCUCCGUCGACAUCUCCGGCGGGCAUCCUCGCCACUGCGGAGAUGGAUGAAGCGGCGGCCUCCUGUGGUCACGAACGGGAAAGAGGGCUACUCCAUGUCUAGCACCAAUGCAAUGUUUUCCCAUCGCCUCCCCUCUCCUUUUUAGGUUCAGAUCUGUCACCAGAGCCUCCUCUUCCCCUAUGGAUUUGAAAUGGCUGGGUAGUUUUUAUGUAGGAUUGAUGACUGAGAUGGCGGCUGAUGGUGGGCAUGGUGGUGGGAAUCACCCAUUGCGCUGGACAUCUCCAAUGUCUGGGUUCAUGCUACGUCGAUUUGUAGAGCUCAUUGCUGGUGGAGUGAAGACGGAAAAGGGCUUUAAGGAGGUGCAUCUAAACCAAGUGGCUAAGAAUUAUAGUGAGCACUUUGGUCUUUCCAUAACUGGGACCCAAGUGUACAACCACCUCCGCAAGUGGCGUGCUAGGUGGGUGAAGAUAAGUAAGCUCCGAGAUAUUAGUGGGUCACUUUGGGAUGAUACCAACUAUGUCAUAUCGCUCGAGGAAGAGCACUACCUGGGUCAUAUCAAGAUUUGUACAUAACCACACUUCCAUAAUCACACUUAUCCUGAUCCGUAGCUAUUUGACUAACCUUUCCAUAACCACACUUCAUGUAGGACCAUCUCAAAGAUGUUGAGUAUCUCAAUGUGCCUUUAGAGAAUUAUGUUCAGAUGCUUGCUAUUUUUGAGAGUGGUAUUGCUACAGGAAGGUAUGCAAUGACAUCUCAUCAGGCUCUUGGGGUUCCUUCAAUGGUAGAAACCUCCCCAUCAUUUGUAAACCUCGAAGGUUGUGGUUCUGAAUUUGUUGAUGGGAAUGAACCUGACUCGAGUGCUACUGGUGCUGCUCAUGGGGAAGAUGGUGUUGCUGCUCCUCAUGGGAAGGAACCAUGUAAGGAUGCUUCUAGCUCCACUGGCAAAAGGAAGAGGGCUAGCCUGAUGAGUGAAGAAGAAGUUCUGGUCAUGAGCAACAUGUCUGAUGCAGUCCGUGAAGUUUCUAUUGCUAUCGAGUCCACCAGAGAGGCACAUCCUGAACUUUACAAUUCUGUCAUAAUGCUCCCUGGUUUUACCGAGAAUGAUCUAUUGAUUGUCUUGGAUUAUCUCAAUGAGAACGCCAACAGGGCUAGGAGCCACUCAUUUGUGCAGAUGUCAGAGACUCGUCGCAUUCGUUGGGCCAUUCACCACAUCUCCAAGUUCAAUGGUGGAGUGUCCAUGCCCAAGGAUGGAGCGCCCCGGGAUGGAGCGCCCAAGGAUGGAGUGCCCCAGGAUGGAGUUGAAGGAAAUAUGCCCUAGAGGCAAUAAUAAAGUUAUUAUUUAUUUCCUUAUAUCAUGAUAAAUGUUUAUUAUUCAUGCUAGAAU